CCGGAGAUAACUGUCACCACAAAGUUCCAAGAACUCCAGACUUUAUAAAAAGCUUGUUCGACGAAGAUUCCGGACUUGGUAUGGACUUUAAUGCAUUUGACGAUUCACCGACACUGAGUCUGUUCAAUUCAGAACUUAGCUCAAAGAGAAAAAGAGCCGACAAAUUAGACACUAAUACUGACUCUGAUACUCCUGUAUCUUACAGCAAGAAAAGAUACAUCAGAUCUCAAAAACUUUUACUGAAAAAAUCUUUGUCUUUCGAUGCUCAGAUUCUCAGUACCAGUAAAGACUUGUCAACUGACGCCAGCAAGCACAAUGACAUUAAAACAGAAGACGUCUUAGUUCAAGCCGCCGUACUCACUGGAGAUGGAAAAGAAGUAUGUUGUUUACAAACCGUUCAGGGGCACUGUCAUGACCUAAGAUACAUAACUCCAGCCACCAUGAAUGAUGUUUUAAACGGGAAAUACGAGCAUACAAUUGGCAGCUUUCGUAUAAUUGACAGUAGAUACUCGUAUGAGUUUGAAGGUGGUCACAUACGAGGCGCUGAAAAUAUUCAUAACAAGGACGAUAUUUUAGAACUAUUAAAAAAUCCAAAUACAUCCCGCUCAGAUGGAAAGCGUGACAUAAUUAUUUUCCAUUGUGAGUUUUCUUCCGAGAGAGGACCAAAAAUGUGCCGCUUUCUCCGUAAUCAUGACAGAGAAUUAAAUGCUGAAAAUUAUCCUUCCCUGUAUUUUCCUGAACUUUAUAUUCUAAAGGGAGGAUACAAAGAUUUUUAUGGAAGUUAUAAGACAUUAUGUACUCCAAUGGAUUACGUUCCAAUGUUGAGCAAAGAUCACAAAGACGAUUUGCGUCAUUUCCGGUCCAAAUCUAAAUCAUGGUAUGCUGGCCAAAAACGACUGAAAUCUUCCUCCGGUCGAUUGUUCUAUUGACAUGAAAAUAAUAGUGCUAAAUCUGUAUUUAA